AGUUUCUUAAGAAUACUUACCCCCUCUGUUUCUCUCUCAUCCGCCUUACAAAGUAGCACAGUACACUUGAGCAGUGAGCCAUGAUAUGAACCGUCCCAAGAAGAAGAAAAGGAAAGUUGAGCUCAAAAAAGAAGCAAAAACCCUAAGAAAAGGAAACAAGCUUCACAUAGCCAUUUCCUCUCUUUCUUCCAACAACAUGGAAAAAAUCACACUCUCGCUCAUCUUCUCCUUCUCCUUCAAUGAUCACAAAUAAUGAAUAAAAUUACCCCCUCCAUUAAUCCGGCAACCUCGACCAUAAACAAAAAUUGAAAAAAAAAAAAAUGAAUAGAGGAGAAGCAACAGACAGUAGGUCGAGGUGCCAAGACUGCGGAAAUCAAGCGAAAAAGGACUGCGAGCAUUCGAGGUGUCGAAGCUGCUGUAAGAACCGAGGUUUCCAGUGUGAAACGCACAUUAAAAGCACGUGGAUUCCGGUUGCUAGGCGGCGGCCCAGGCACCUCGCAAUGCACCCGCAGCACCAGAUUCAACCCCUCCAUCAUCAACAGUUAGUUCUUGGCCCAAACCCUAAAAGAUACAGAGAAAUCCCACCACUAGGGUUUGAGGAGGAGAAUUUGCCGGCGGAGGCGUGUUUUCCGGCGGUGUUCCGAUGCGUUCGAGUGAGCUCGAUCGACAAUGCGGUGGAUGAUCAGUAUGCGUACCAGACCUCGGUGAGCAUCGGCGGCCAUGUUUUCACCGGAAUUUUAUAUGAUCAAGGCGCCGAACCACAAGGAACUGGAAACUAUGUCACCGGAGAGAGCUCCUCUUCUGCUGCGGCUGGAUUAUCAGAGCAACCUAAUUUUGUUGCAAGAACAACUGGUACAACCUCUCCUUCAUUUGCUGCCCCUUUUUCAGCAUUUACAAACGCCACUUCACACUUUUUGCACUACCCCAAAUCUUGAUUACACCAUCUAUUUAAUUUAUAUAUAUCUAUAUUUGGAAUAAAAAAGGAUGGGGGCGUGGUUCAAUUGGUUGAUUUGGUUGUAAUUGGAAUUUGAAUUGAGAUAUUUUAAUUGAGAUUUGAAUAGAGUUUAUUCUGCACUAA